AUGAAGACGGAGUUUGACCCGAAGGAGAUGGAAAGGGGGGGGGAAUCCGACGGAAGAAAUGUGGAGGUAAUAGGGGGCAUGAGCUGCUCCAUAACCACCGACGGAGAGGCUGCCGGCGGUAGAGAGAGCGACCCAGGAGCUGCAAUCGCCGGUAAUGGAGCGGGAUGGUCGACACAGAGUUGUUCCGGAGGUGGAGCCGAUGGGAAAACAAGGGGGGAUUUGCUCGAUUUCUUCCUCGCCGUUGGAGAUUUGUUUGAUUUCUUCUUCGCCAUGGCAAAGAGAGACGUGAUAAUGUCAAACGAAGGCGGGCAAUCUUCACAAUCUGCAUCUACAAAUGUUGCUCCUAAAAGAACUAGAAAAGAUCCUGGAUGGAAAUAUGCUGAAGCUGUAGAAGAAAAUGAUACAAAUACUCUCGUAUGCAAGUUUUGUAGAAAAAUUAUGAAAGGAGGUAUUACAAGAGUAAAGGAGCAUCUGAUGGGAAAGAAAGGCAAUACUACUAUGUGCGAAUUAUGUCCGAAAGAAGUACGUGAAGAGAUGUGGGAACUUCACAAGAGAAAGAGAGUUACUGGUUCUACGGUUUGUUCCAACGAGCCAAUGGAGCUUGAUCUUGAUGAUUUGGGUUUUGGAUUAUCUGAUGAAGAAGAAAAUCCACAAGUAAAACGGAGCAAAAAAGGUCAUAUGGAUUUGUUUGUUAGAAGACCCGAAGCAACCAGUUCAAGGAACAAGAAAGAAAAGAUGAGACAACAAAAUAUCAAAGAGGUGUGCGACAAAGAUUCUGUUGGUGGAGUUCACCAAUCUAUUGCAAGGUGGUGGUAUCAAGCUGGAAUUCCAUUCAAUAGCAUUAAGAUGCAAAGUUUUCAAGAUAUGUUACAUGCUAUUGGACGUUUCGGCCCUAACCUUCCAGCUCCAUCUUACCACCAAAUAAGAGUGCCAUUACUCACCAAAGAGGUUGAAUAUACCAAAUCAUUGAUGAAACAACAUCAGAUUCAGUGGGAGAAACAUGGUUGCUCUAUUAUGUCGGAUGCAUGGACGGAUAGGAAACAAAGAUGUUUGAUUAACUUCUUGGUCAAUUCUCCCGCUGGCACAAUGUUUAUGAAGUCGAUAGAUGGAUCUAGUUUUGUGAAGACCGGUCAAAAGUUAUUUGAGAUGUUGGAUUCUCUUGUUGAAGAGAUUGGAGAAGAUAAAGUGGUUCAAGUGAUAACCGAUAAUGGAAGCAAUUACGUCUUAGCGGGGAAGAUGUUAGAGGAAAAAAGGUCACACCUCUUUUGGUCUCCUUGUGCCGCUCAUUGCGUGGAUUUAAUCCUUGAAGACAUUGGAAAAAUUUCUUCGAUCAAGCUCACAAUUAAAAGAGCCAUAUCUGUGGUUGGAUUCAUUUACAACCAUUCCAGUACAUUGAGUUUGUUGAGUCAAUUCACGAACAAGAGGGAAUUGGUAAGACAUGCUGUCACUCGUUUUGCCACUUCCUAUCUUUCAUUGGAAAGGCUUUUUCAGGAGAAAGAUCAUCUUAGAAGAAUGUUUACCUCCAAUGAGUGGAGGACAAACAAGUUGGCGAAAGAAGCAAAGGGAAAGGAAGCUGAAAAAAUUGUCAUUAUGCCUUCAUUUUGGAGUAAUGUGAAAUACACUCUCAAGAUAAUGGCUCCACUUGUUCAAGUGCUUCGACUUGUGGAUAGUGAAAAGAAAGCAGCAAUGCCCUAUAUUUAUGAAGCAAUGGACAAGGCAAAAGAAGUCAUUGAGAAGUCUUUCAACAAUGACGAAAGCAAAUACAAAGAUGUAAUUGCAAUCAUCGAUAAGAGAUGGGAUUGUCAGCUUCACCGUCCAUUGCAUGCUGCUGGUCAUUAUUUAAAUCCCGAAUACUUCUAUAGCAAUCCUGGACUUGAGAGAAAUAUGGAAGUGGUUGAUGGAUUGUAUCAGUGUAUUAGGAGUCCUAAAAUUGGUUAUUACUUCGUACACUUACAUCUCCAAAGAAUCGAAAUAGUACGAAUGAAUAUCCCUUCCCAUAUUUAG